GGGCAAAGGUGACAUUUCUUCGGCGUUUUCAAGGAAACUCUAACAUAUCCUAGCAUUUUAAUACAUUCAUGGUGAACUCUAGUUUUCAGAACAGGGGCGCAGGGCAACCUUCGCGGUCGUUGCAGUUGACGCGAUGAUGCCACAACGGUUCAGACCCGUACAGCAUCCUUACGUCAGGCUCCGCGCUCGCGACAUGAAAGACAUAAAGCCGGAUAUCUCCACAGACCGCCCAAUCUACCACAUACCACACAUCAAUUGAAGACGAUGACUGAUCUUAAGCAAUUCGCUGCUGAGCAAGCUGAUGCCGCCAACGCGAAGGGCAACUACCAAGCCCCGAAGGAGAUGAAAGCGAACCAGAAGGGUACAAUCAUCGCUGACGAGAGCAACGUUGAUGAAAGCGGCGUUGCCAACGUCCCCGGAGCCGACCCUGCGGAUGUCAAGGUCGGACGCAGUGGCCUUGGAGCUGGAGGAGGUGAUAACCAGAAGAUCCCCGUCGAGGAGGGCGGAGGAUCUUGGGGACCAGGAGCCGGUCGUGACGUGACUGCGGACGACUUUGAAGGUCACCGUGGUCCUGAGGACAAGGCUAGGGCUCAUGCCGCUAUGCACGGCGGUGACAACGAUGUUCGCAGCAACCUCCGUUGAGCAACAACAGGAU